AUGCCAUACUCUCUAUCAGGUCGCAAUGUUUUGGUCACCGGUGGCUCACGGGGAUUAGGUGCUCUCACGGCUGAGAAAUUCGCCGCCGAAGGAAGCAACGUUGCUAUCAACUAUAUGUCCAACAAGGAGGCGGCGGAUACAUUAGCGGCGGAUAUUGCAAGCAAGCACAAUGUGAAGGCUGUUGUUGUUCAAGGGGACGCCGGAGUUCAAGCUGACUGCUUCAACGUCGUCAAGACUACGGCUGAGAAGCUGGGUGGUUUGGAUAUUGUCAUUUCAAAUGCCGGUUGGACUAAAAUGACCAACUUUGGUGAUCUUGAUGCAAUGGACGAGGAUGACUGGGAUAAGUGCUGGUCUGUUAAUGUGAAGAGCAAUUUCCACCUGUUCAAGGCAGCUUUGCCCUUUUUCAACGCGAACGCUGAAGGCGGCUCGUUCCUCAUCACGUCUUCGAUUGCUGGUGUCUCGGCGACUGGCAGCAGCCUGCCCUAUGCUACGACCAAGGCGGCUACCCUCCAUCUUAUGAAGUGCCUUGCCAAAACGCAAGGACCCAAAGUUCGCAUCAACGCUAUUCUGCCCGGUCUUUUGCUCACUGAAUGGGGCCAGCGGUUCCCCCAAGAGAAGAUUGACGCCUGGACAAACGCCACAAUUCUUAAGAAAGUACCGGAGGUGGAAGAUUGUGCGGAUAUGUUCAUCACAAUGGCGAAGAACGCAUCCAUGACUGGGCAGACAAUUCAGAUUGAUUCUGGGUUCUCGCUAUGA